AUGGAAUCGCUAUCCAUUGAUGCUUUGGUCGAUGUUGCAGGUGAGGUCCUUGCAAAAUCGUCUGUGGAGGACAAACCUAGGAUAUUAUCUCGUUUACUGCCAACUCGAGAUCAAUGGGAACAAGCGUUAGAUCCAUUCCUUCGGAGACCACUGAAGGCGUCUGCUUCCAUAAGUAAGAUGCUUGCGGGAGCAGUGUUUCUGGCCGAUACGUCAUUUCCUGAAGGCUUCUCCCAGGAUAUCGAUUCGGUUCCCCGCGACUCCUACCGUUUCUCUUCUGGGUUUCGCCUGACAUUCUACGUUACCAAAGUGCUGUCGUCAACUAGCCUGGAAUUUAUCGAGCAAGCUUCCCGUGAAAUAUUGUUCUUCUACUUACCUCUUGCAACCCAACUGGUUAAUGACGAUGUAAGCCUGGAAGGCCCGAAGGGCUUUUUUGACCGUGACAUGCCAGAUAUUCGAGAUGAGUCUGCAGAGUUAGUUUCAGAAGCUCGACUGAUAAUUAAAGGCUGGCUUCUAUCUGCCACGCUGGUAACUGAGCAAGAAAAGCCCGCUCCUUCAAAUAUUUUUGAUUUAUGGGAAAAGCAGUUCGGGUCAAUGCAAGGGACGUCUCCGAAAUCAUACAAUAUAGCAGAGACUUUUGCAAGGAUCAUCGCCGAACGUGAUUCUUCAGAGACUGCGCGAUCUGCUGAAUCUUUCUUGACGCGGGCAAAACAGAUAGAAGGACCUUCGAACCCCUUCGUUUUAGCUUCAGUUGUUGCAGCGUUCAGAGACUUUAUAGCAGCCACUCCAUCUGGCGUUCGAUUGUGCAAUGAACUGAUUUCCGAUUCCACUGGGUUUAAAUCUGAGAAUGCGUCUGGAGGACUUCGUAAGAUCGUAACCCUCAACCUUCUCAUCAGCGGAGAGAGUAAUGUUGCUCAGAGCGUUCCAAAGCCUCGGCUUGUGUUUCUGGUGAAGCACUUGGUCGAUUGCUUACAGUCGCAAUCCCCACCACAGGGUUUGGUUUCGGAAAUCCUCAAAUUGCUUGUUAAAAUUUUGCCAUUGAUCAGAGAGAUAUACGGAUCUCACUGGUCAGAUGUAUUUGACUUCCUCCAAAAUUUAUGGGACGAAAUUGAAAUAGUUGACGAAUCUCUUCCUGUGCUAUACUCCUCGUUACGACUUUUCGCCUGCUUAAAGUCUCUAGCGACAGGAGAAAGCAACGAUGACUUGGUGGAUGCAUGGACUGCCUCCCGGAAGAUACAUUCACCGGCAUUGAUCAGGUUACUCGCAGAAUUUGACUCCUCAUUGAGCUAUGACGAGCCCCUCAAAAUCACAGCCAAUAUUCUUUCCCCCCCAUUAUGGGGACUACCCAUUGACCACGUCGAGGAUAUCAAUGACCUUUUUUCCAUCCUCUCGGCGCCUAAUAGAGAUAUCCAACGUGCUGCGUUCGACGUCCUGCAUCGGGCGAUCCCAAAAUUGCAAGAGGCAGUGACCCUGAAUGUUUCGUUGUCAGACGCCGUAGCCAGUUUUCCGGAUGAAUUGAUCUCUCUCCUUUUGGAAGUCCCUGCCGUAAAUAUUAUAACUCAGGCUAAAGAUGAUGACCGAGUAUGGAUCGGGCUUCGAUGCUACUUGCUAAGCUGGAAAACGGUCUUCGAUCACUUUAAUAAUGCUUAUCCACACGGAAAGUUGAUUGACGCAUCAAAGUUCGAUAUCCGGUCUUUCAGCCUUGAUGAGUCUGAUCCAGCUCAGAAAGAGACGCAGUGUUUGCUAGUGCAUUUGUAUUAUCUAUGUUUGAAGUAUCUGCCUAAUUUGACAAAAGUUUGGUGGAUCGAUAGCAAGAAACGUGUGAAAGGGCAGGUUGAAACGUGGACAGAAAAAUAUGUGAAAGUAUCUCGUCGGGCCGCUGAAAUAAUUGCGAGCGUUGAAGUUGAUGAAGAUUCGCCACCGACUUCAGUUGCCAUAUAUUUACCAUCAACAUAUCCAUUACAGCAAGCUGUAGUAGAAGGCCGCGCCCGCGUUGCGGUGGACGAAAAGAAAUGGCGGAGCUGGCUUCUAACGAUCCAAGGGGUUAUUAUGUUUUCCAAUGGCAACCUUGUCGAUGGCUUGCUUGCAUUCCGCAGGAAUGUCCAAGGCGCGUUGAAGGGACAGAGCGAAUGUGCUAUUUGCUAUUCGGUCAUAUCUGCAAACAUGCAAACGCCCAACAAGAGGGGCCGCGAGAGAUAUGAGGCAACUACCAGCCAUUCGGGAGACACGACGGCAAAGGAUCGGAUCAUUCAGCGAACGGACAAUGAUGCCAGUGUUUCUAGGCUCAGCGCAGUGGAGCUAGGAUAUCUCCAUGACCCUUUUGCACAUGCUCUAGUGAACAGAACCUACGUGCGAACAACCGCCUUGGACUCCCUUGUAUACCGUUUCCUAAACACAAACGAGAAGCCAACUCGAAAGAGGCAGAUCAUAUCACUUGGUGCAGGCUCAGAUACGCGUGUAUUCCGCUUACUCUCCAAAGACCCGACCCUUGAACUGCUAUACCACGAGCUAGAUUUCCCAACCAACACAACUGCGAAAAUAAAAGCCAUCCGCUCCUCGCCGCUCCUACACAAAACCAUAGGGAUACACGGGCCAGACGAUGCAAAUGUAUCGGCCAAUGGCGAUGCUCUGUAUUCGAAAUACCUUCACGUCCAUCCAGUCGAUCUACGGACGCUGUCGCCUUCCAGCUCACCCAACUUACUGCAAGGCUUAGAUAGGACCCUGCCAACGUUACUUAUAUCCGAAUGUUGUCUGAUUUAUCUUUCACCCACCAAUGCCAUCAAUGUGCUCUCCUAUUUUACGCAGACGGUUUUUCCACCUUCCGAAACGUUGGCGACUGUUACAUCCACACCGGCACUCGACUCCCCACGAACACCCUCAGCCUCUUCGAUACCCCUAGCCUUGAUACUCUACGAGCCGAUACGACCCGACGACCCGUUUGGGAAGACAAUGGUGGCCAACCUUGCAACGAGGGGUAUCCAUCUGCAAACUCUACAUCGCUAUGCGUCAUUAUCGGCCGAGCGAGAAAGGCUGCUCGAGCAUGGGUUUGUGAGCGGCCAGGGGGCGGCAGAUGUGGAUUUCAUAUGGGAACGAUGGAUCAGCGAGGAGGAAAAGGAGAGAGUGGCUGGGUUGGAGAUGCUUGAUGAAUUCGAGGAGUGGAAAUUGUUAGCCAGCCACUAUUGCGUGGCAUGGGGUUGGAGGGAUAGGAAGGGGGCUAGCUCAGAAGGAGAGGUGUUUGAAGGGUGGAAGACACUGGAGGGGCAGUGA